AUGACCCACCCUCAAGUCAGUAUUCUGGGUCUUCCCAAAGAACUCAGGCUCAUCAUCUAUGAUUUCCUCUUCGAAGAUACUGUUACGGAAGACUGGCUGCCACUGUCCCUGCAUCCUCGUAUCUGGUCUCAAGAGAAUCGAUUUCUGUUCCGAUACAGUUAUCUGCUUCUUGUCUGCAAGACGUUCGCGUCCGAAGUCUCGUCUCACUUCCUGUCGUACAGUGCAGACAAGCGGCCAAUCUGUUUCUCAUCCAUCGUAGAACUCUACGACUUCUGCGAGCCAGUACGGCUCGGCGCCCCCACGCCCCUUGACAGAACGUCCUUCACGCUGCGGACGCGGCCGUGGGACACGGGGCGUAAAUAUGGCCGUCGGGCCCAAUACAAAGCAGCCUCCAUAGCCAGCAAAUUCAUGACCACGCAAGCUGGACUGCCAGGUACUUACAGCAAAUUGUGCUUUGGCCUAAGGGGCUACACUGGUGCGAAGGACUGGGAAUCGACCCGUGAGAUGGUUUGCAUGUUGGAGACGAAGCCCCGACAUCUGGUGGAAGUGACGAUGCAUGAAAUUACUCUGCCAGUGACUGAUAGCACGCUUCGGGUCAUGUACUGCUCUGUCACGCAGAAUUCGUGGCCGCACGUCUGGCUCGAGAUGACAGGCCAAUUCAAGGAGCUGGACUGGUCGAAAUUUGACGAUAUCGACCGAGCGAGAGACAUCGAAGAACGGGCGUAUGCAAAUUCGCAAGGCUCACAAGAUGGUGUAGCUCUUUAG